CUCUCCAUUUUCCCUUACUUUUUACCUUGCCCAGGCGUCUUUGUAUACGUCGUCGGCAGCUUCUUCUCCUCCUCCUGCCUCUACUCUAAUCAAAAUCAAAAUCAAAAUCAAAAUCUUCUCCUCGAACAACAGUUGUCAAAAUGAGAGAGUGCAUCUCGAUCCACAUUGGCCAGGCCGGUAUCCAAGUGGGCAAUGCCUGCUGGGAGCUCUACUGCCUUGAACAUGGCAUUCAGCCUGAUGGACAAAUGCCUAGUGAUAAGACUGUGGGAGGCGGAGACGAUGCCUUCAAUACUUUCUUCAGUGAGACGGGCUCUGGAAAACAUGUGCCCCGUGCCGUGUUCUUGGACCUGGAACCCACUGUCAUAGAUGAGGUCCGAACCGGAACUUACCGCCAGCUUUUUCACCCUGAGCAGCUCAUCAGCGGCAAAGAAGACGCCGCCAAUAAUUUUGCCAGGGGCCACUACACAAUUGGGAAAGAGAUUGUGGAUCUGUGCCUUGACAGAAUCAGAAAGCUAGCGGACAAUUGCACAGGGCUUCAAGGGUUUUUGGUUUUCCAUGCCGUUGGUGGUGGAACAGGCUCUGGUUUGGGUUCUCUCCUUCUCGAGAGGCUCUCUGUCGACUAUGGAAAGAAGUCGAAGCUCGGAUUCACUGUCUACCCUUCCCCUCAGGUCUCUACCUCUGUUGUGGAGCCUUACAACAGCGUUCUGUCAACUCAUUCUCUUCUGGAGCACACUGAUGUUGCAGUCCUCCUGGACAAUGAAGCUAUCUAUGAUAUUUGCCGUCGAUCUCUCGAUAUCGAGAGACCCACUUACACCAAUCUCAACCGGCUCGUUUCUCAGGUGAUUUCUUCCUUGACUGCAUCUCUCCGUUUUGAUGGUGCUCUGAAUGUGGAUGUGACAGAGUUCCAGACCAACUUGGUCCCAUACCCUCGUAUCCAUUUCAUGCUUUCUUCAUAUGCUCCUGUGAUUUCAGCAGAGAAGGCCUACCACGAGCAGCUCUCCGUUGCUGAAAUCACAAACAGCGCUUUUGAGCCAUCGUCCAUGAUGGCAAAGUGCGAUCCUCGCCAUGGCAAAUACAUGGCUUGCUGCCUGAUGUACAGAGGAGACGUGGUGCCCAAAGAUGUGAAUGCCGCAGUGGCAACUAUCAAGACCAAGAGGACAAUCCAGUUUGUGGAUUGGUGCCCAACUGGGUUCAAGUGUGGAAUCAACUAUCAGCCUCCUACUGUGGUUCCAGGAGGAGACUUGGCCAGGGUCCAGAGAGCUGUAUGCAUGAUUUCGAAUUCAACUAGUGUUGCAGAAGUGUUCUCGAGAAUUGAUCAUAAGUUUGAUCUGAUGUAUGCAAAGAGGGCAUUUGUGCACUGGUAUGUAGGUGAGGGUAUGGAGGAAGGAGAGUUCUCAGAGGCCAGGGAAGACUUGGCUGCUCUUGAGAGGGACUACGAGGAAGUUGGGGCUGAGUCAGCUGAAGGAGAGGAUGAUGAAGGUGAUGAGUACUGAGCAUAUUUGCCUUAAUGGCUGUUAAUUCUGCCAAUGGGCUCAUUGGUCGUCUGAAACUAUGAAAUCAGUUAGAACUAAGCUAGUAUUUUCUGCUUUAUCAUGUUAUGGUGUUGUCCCCCUUCAAGUUUAAUGAAUUUAGUCAGUUCAAAUCCAAAAUUUCUGUAGCUUCUCUUGCUAGUUUAGUUAUGCUCUUCCAAUCUUUGAGUUAUCACCUAGAAAACUCAUAAGAAAAGCUGAAUUUCCAUCCCCCAAACCAAACAUACUAUAAGGAUUUGAACUUGCAAUCUUGAGUUAUCAAAUUAAUAAUAUUUUUAAGUAUUGCAAUCUAGUUGGUAAAAAAUUCCAUUCCUUCCCUCCACUCCCAUCCCUUCAUUUCCCUCAUACGAAACAUACUAUAAGGAUUUGAGCCAGAUUCUGAAGUCUCAACUAUCCUUCAAAGGGCUUGAAAAGAAAAAGAGUGAUUGGGGAUCUUGCUUUUUCAUUUGGUCAAUUAGGAGCUGAAAGAGGAAAAACUUUUGCAAUUUAUGCACAGCCUAAGAAGCUAAGAUGAUAUGGUAAAGUGCAGGAACAAGGGAAAAGAACACAAAAUAAAGUUGUUGAGAGGCAGACAGGUUGUGUGAUUUUGUAUUUUUUGUUGGACUGACUAUACACAAGCUUGAUCAGGUCAUCUACUGAGAAAAAGGGACACUCUAUACAUGAGAAAAAGCUAACAAAGUGAACAUUUAACUCCAGCUCACUAAACAGCAGCUCUUCUUCAUCCUUCGCUAUUUCCUCUCAUCUCCAACUUGAUCCUGCCAACAAUAAUUAACCCCCAAAAAAAGGAAAAUCAAUAUCAUCAGUAACCUCACAUCAUUAAUUAUUAAAAUAUCUCUAUUUAUUUUAUUCUUUCUACUGUUGUUGAAUUCUGCAUCUUAAGACGUUAUGAGUCAAAUCCUAAUUUAUGGAGAAAUUUACAAUCCUUUCAGUUGAUUGAAGAAAUCUCAUCUUUUCCA